CCAUGUCAUUUCCUGUAAUAAAAAUGGUGGCCACCGCAAAGGCAGGCGACUGAGUCGGUGCAAAAAAGGAAAAAAAAUAUUGGAAAAAAAAUAACGCAAAACUUUGCAGCCACAGAGCCAGCGGCCGGGACAGAAAGAGGAGGAGAGAGGAGCUCCAGCCCGGAGAGAGGCUCGGUGUCCCCGCGGCGCGUCUGCUCCAGAGGUUUUGGGACCUGGACGACGAGCUGGAUUGUUAACAACAUGGUUCCAAAAUGAGCGAGCACCCUUCGGACCUCUGGUUCUGUGAGGACUGUCAGAAAUAUUUCCAGGAGGCGUGUCCGUCCCACGGGCCACCGCUGUUCAUCCCUGAUACGCCAGUGGCCCCUGGAUCAGCCAACAGGGCGGCUCUCACGGUCCCAUCAGGCCUGGAGGUCUUCACUGAGGGAGGGGAGGUAGAUGUUCGCUGCGUGGAGGCAAUCUUCCCAAAGGGGGCAGUGUUCGGUCCCUAUCAGGGUGAGCUGGUGUCCAAGGAAGAAUCAGACAGCUCCUUCUCUUGGAUUAUUGUUUAUUUGAACAAUUCGUCUCAGUCAGUUGAUGGCAGUGAUGAGACCAAAGCCAACUGGAUGAGGUUUGUUCAUACCUCAUCAGAGGACAGCGAGAGGAACCUGACAGCUUUCCAGCACAGCAGAAACAUCUACUUCAGAGUGUGUCGGAGGCUAGAGGCCGGAGAGAAGCUGAGGGUUUGGUACAGCGACGACUACAUCCAAAAACUUCAGCGUGUGUCCCAAGACAGCAUCGAUCGCAACCUGGACCCAGGUGACACACAUCCAGCGGUCUUUCAAAAACUCCAGAAGGAUUUCAAACCUCCUGGCCUGCCCUCAGCCCUGCAGGGUAAACUGUGCACCAGCAGACAGUCCUGUGAAGAGUUAGACGGCCAGCCUCCUGCUAAGAAGAAGAAGAUCGACCUCAUCUUCAAAGACGUUCUAGAAGCUUCUCUGGAGGACUCCAGAAAGUCCGGGUCUGGCUCCUGCCUUCUUGGCGAGGGAGAUAAACCAGACCUCCAGCCAGGUGCAGACGUGUCGGAGAGCCGCCGCAGCGUUCCCAACCUUAAGGCGGAGGAGACUGAGGAGAGCGUGAGCAGCAGAAAGCUCUCCGCCUCCUCCUGCCCCAACUGUGUCAAACUGAAGAAGAGGAUCGUCGAGCUGGAGGAGGAGCUGGCCUGUCUCAGGAGACAGCAGGGGAACUCGCCCGGUCCGUCAAGUUCAGAACUGGAUCCGCCACAUCCUGAACAGGCGCCCAUUGAGGAUUGUCAAGGGAUGGAGCCCUUGACGCCCACCCAGAUGAUCCUUGAUGAAGACGACCAGGAAGUGGACUCGGCUGACGAGUCGGUCUCAGCGGACCUCCUGAUUUCACCCGAGGACUCGUCCAAGCCCUACGCCGGCGCAGGCCGACGAAUACGCCGCUUCAAGCAGGAGUGGCUGAAGAAGUUCUGGUUUCUUCGUUACUCGCCCACCCUGAACGAGAUGUGGUGCCACGUCUGCCGCCAGUACACCGUCCAGUCGUCCCGGACCUCCGCCUUCAUCGUCGGCUCCAAGCAGUUCAAGAUCCACACGAUCAAGCUGCACAGCCAGAGCAACCUGCACAAGAAGUGUCUGCAGCUCUACAAGCUGCGCAUGCAUCCCGAGAAGACGGAGGAGAUGUGCCGGAACAUGACGCUGCUGUUCAACGCGGCGUACCACCUGGCCCUGGAGGGGCGGGCCUUCUCAGACCUCCGUCCUCUGGCUGAGCUGCUGAGGAAGUGCGAGCUCAAAGUGGUGGAUCAGUACAUGAGUGAGGGCGACUGUCAGAUUCUGGUCCACCACAUCGCUCGAGCUCUGCGGGAGGAGCUGGCUGAGAAGAUGCGCCUGUCUCCCUUCCUGAGCGUCGUCAUGGACACUCAAAGCGACGACCUCUUCUCAGACCUGGUGGCAGUUUACAUCCAGAUCGCGACCAGCGACAGUUCCCAACAAAUGGAGUUCCUGUCCUUGCAGAGACUGAGCGCGCCUAGCGUGGACGGAUACCUCCAGGUUCUGGACCGGGCCUUCGGCGGCCUGGGGGCUCGGCUGCGGGACUUGCUGGUCGUGGGUCUCGGAGUGGACGGCACCAACAUCUCGUCGGGGAUUAGAGCGAACCUGUACGUAGCCGUCCAAAAGACUUUUCCCUGGAUCCUCUGUCUCCCCAUCAUGAUCCAGCGACCUCACCUGGAGGUUCUGGACAACAUCAGCGGGAAGGAGCUCUCCUGUCUGGAGGACCUGGAGAACAACCUGAAGCAGCUCCUCAGCUUCUACCGCUACUCUCCACGCAUGAUGGCCGAGCUGCGAUCCACCGCGCCGACUCUCUCCGAGGAAACCGAGUUCCUGGGCGACAUCAGGGCCGUGCGGUGGCUCAUCGGAGAGCCCGGCGUCUUGAACGCUCUCAUCAAGGAUUACCUGGAGGUUCUGUCCCACUUGAAGGAGAUCAGCGGCCAAACACAGAGGGCCGACGCCGCAGCCAUCGCCCUCACGCUCCUCCAGUUCCUCAUGGACUAUCAGUCUGUGAAGCUCAUCUAUUUCCUGCUGGACGUCAUAGCUGUCCUCUCGCGGCUGGCCCUCACCUUCCAGGGGGAGCAGCUGCUGGUGUCCCAGGUGGAAGCCAAGAUAGAGGAGGCUAUUCAGGAGAUGGGCCAGCUGGUGGACUGUCCCGGGGAAUAUCUGCAGGAGUUUGAGGAAACCUUCAAGGAAAGCUUCAACGGCGUCGCUUUAAAGAACCUCCGUGUUGCAGAGUCCAAGUUUCAGUCCAUCAGGAAAAAGAUCUGCAGCAGGAGUCAGGGGAUCCUGUCCCAGAGGCUGGACCUGCAGAGCCGCUCCUUCACCAGAGCCUGCAAGGUGCUGGACCUGGGCAGCUGGCCCGGCGACCACGAAGACCUGCAGACCUUCGGGGAGGAGGAAAUCCAGGUCAUGUUCGACCACCUGGACCGCCUUCCUUCUGCAGGUCCGGAGGACAGGACGGAGGCCAGGAGCAGCCUGCUGGGGGAAUGGAAGGACCUGAAGGCGGACUACUUCAGCAUGAGCGGCUUGAAAGACGUUCUCCUUCACAUCUGCAAGCACAAGCAGCGUUUCCCGCUGCUCCACCAGAUCGCGCAGGUGGUCAGGCUCCUGCCCAGCUCCACGGCCUGCUGCGAUAAAGGCCGAGGCGCUCUGCAGAGGAUCUGCAAGAACAGCCGCUCCAGGCUGACCCUGGAGCAGAUGAACGACCUGCUCACCGUGGCCGUCAACGGGCCGCCCGUCGCAAACUUCGACGCGAAGCGAGCGUUGGACAGCUGGUUCGAGGAGAAGUCCGGGAGCGGCUACUCGGCUGAGGCACUGAACCGGACGUCGGCGGCUGAUCCGAAGUCGGUGCUGCACAGCGCUGACGCCAGCGCAAAAUUCCUCCCUGACGUCUGAAGCAGAAGAUCUGCAGUUAACAGCUUAGCAACCAGUGCAGUCUGACUGCCAGGCUGCUGCGUCUGCAAAAAGCAGAAGAUAAAGUUCAGUAAGACGUUCAGACACUGGAAAGAGAGGACAAAGAAUUUAUUACAGACAGAAAGAUCAGGCCAGAAGAUUCAGCUGUGUUCAAACAUCUAAAAUCAGCUGUAAAAGCUUUUAAUGUGCUAAUUAAGAUCAGAUGGAGGGUUAUCCUGAGCGCGCU